UACCCAGAGACCCAAUUCGCAGAGCAAACGCAGAAUGAAAUACUGAAACAACAUUCAAUGCAAGCUGGAAAGAGAGAGAAGGAAGGGAGAGAUUUACAGCAGAGUUUGAUUCUUUCAUGAACGUUGCAUUGUUAGAAUCUAUCUCUGAAUUGGGUUUCCUCCUCUGAUGUCGUCCACGGCUUUUCUGUGUUCUUCGAUGUGGGUGAUAGGAGAAGGGAUUCUGUGAAUGAAAUGACGAUGUGAGGAGAAGCAGCGAAGUGAGUAUUUGUAAGAAUGAGCAAAGAAGGCGGUGGCGUGACGAAAGCCUGGGAAGCAACGGUUAGGAAGUCACAAGCGGCUGUGAGAAGGCGAGGGACGAGCUUUUUCACAGCAAUGUCAGUAGCCCAUGUCGACGACGACGACGGAGGUGAUGGCGCCCCCGGCGAGGUCUACCACGCAGAGCGAGUCCUCUCCAAUGGCGACUUCUACACAGGCCAGUGGUUAGAGAACGUCCCUCACGGCCAUGGCAAAUACUUAUGGACCGAUGGGUGCAUGUACGUUGGCGAAUGGUGCAGAGGCAAAACCAUGGGCAAGGGCAAAUUCAGUUGGCCUUCAGGGGCUACCUAUGAAGGCGAAUUCAAGGGCGGUUACAUGGAUGGUAAAGGCACCUACACGGGCUCAAGCGGUGACACCUAUAGAGGUUCAUGGGUCAUGAACCUCAAGCAUGGCCAAGGCACCAAGCAUUACGCCAAUGGCGAUUACUAUGAUGGUGAGUGGCGCCGUGGCCAACAAGAUGGGCAUGGCAGGUAUCAAUGGAAGAAUGGCAACCAUUAUAUUGGACAGUGGAAGAAUGGUGUGAUUUAUGGCAAUGGAACUCUGAUUUGGGCUAAUGGGAAUCGAUAUGAUGGGUUUUGGGAAGAUAGCUUGCCUAAAGGGAAUGGUACUUUUAGGUGGAUCGAUGGGAGCUUCUAUGUGGGUACAUGGAGUAAGGACCCGAAAGAACAGAACGGGACUUAUUAUCCUUCCGCAGCCUCACCGACCGGGAAUUUCGAUUGGGAUCCUCAGAAUGUGUUUUCUGUUGAUUUGAGUGAUUGUAAGAUUUGUCCUGGUGAGAAGGUUUCGAUUUUACCCUCCCAGAAGGUGCUGAAUUGGGCUGGAAUUGAGGCGGAUCUCUUGCAGAAGCAGCCGACAUGGAAGUUAAAAAAUGUCGAUGCCGGAGGAAAGCCAAGGAGGAUGUCCGUCGAUGGCAGGAUCAAUAAUGUCGGCGGAGAUAAGGGGUUUGAUAGGUUCUGUAUUUGGGAAUCAGAUGGGGACAUUACUUGUGAUAUUAUUGAUGCAAAUCAGAUGGGAGGGAGAGAAGUGGAGGAUGGGUUGGGGGCUCUCCAGCUUGAAGAUACAGAGACCUGGGGAACAAAGGUACAGACUCCGAGGUUGCUACCCAGGGAAAUGAAGAAGCAGGGUCAGACAAUUUCUAAGGGGCAUAAGAAUUAUGAGCUCAUGCUCAAUCUGCAGUUGGGGAUCAGGCAUUCCGUGGGAAAACCUGCACCAGCUACAUCCCUUGAUCUGAAAGCUUCAGCAUUUGACCCCAAGGAAAAAGUCUGGACAAAGUUCCCUACUGAGGGAAGCAAACAGACGCCGCCACACCAAUCUUGUGAAUUCAAAUGGAAGGAUUAUUGUCCUUUGGUUUUCCGGACUCUGCGAAAGUUGUUUAAGGUGGAUGCAGCUGAUUAUAUGCUAUCUAUAUGUGGAAAUGAUGCACUCCGGGAGCUUUCAUCUCCUGGUAAAAGUGGAAGCUUCUUUUAUUUGACCAAUGAUGACCGUUACAUGAUAAAGACAAUGAAGAAGUCAGAAGUAAAGGUACUUCUAAGGAUGCUUCCAGCCUACUAUAAUCAUUUUCGGGCUUUUGAAAAUACUUUAGUUACCAAAUUUUUUGGUUUGCAUUGUGUAAAAUUAACUGGGGCUACUCAGAAGAAGGUUCGCUUUGUUAUAAUGGGAAAUCUUUUCUGUUCUGAGUACCCCAUUCACAGGCGCUUUGACUUGAAAGGGUCGUCCCAUGGCCGUAUAACAGAUAAACCUGAAGCAGAGAUUGAUGCAAAUACAACUCUCAAGGACCUGGAUCUUAACUUUAUAUUUCGACUGCAGAAAGCAUGGUACCAAGAACUUCACAGGCAAGUGGAUCGGGACUGUGAGUUUCUUGAACAGGAAAGGAUUAUGGAUUACAGUCUCUUGGUGGGCCUUCACUUCAGAGAUACAACAUCAUACACUAGGGACCAAGCAAAUGAGGGUCGUCUCUCUGGAGUUCGAACCCCUACUGGUAAUGGUGACACUGAUGGUGAGUCUGCAGUUCCCCGUCUUUCGAGAGUAGACAUGGAUCAGCUUCUCCUUGAUCCCAGCCGGUGGGCAACCAUCAGAUUGGGUUUGAACAUGCCAGCAAGGGUUGAACAGACUAAAAGAAGUGAUUUUGAAACUCUGGUUGGAGAGCCAACAGGAGAGUUCUAUGAUGUGAUCUUGUACUUUGGUAUCAUCGACAUACUACAAGACUAUGAUAUCAGCAAGAAGCUUGAGCAUGCAUACAAAUCCUUCCAGUAUGAUCCAACCUCAAUAUCAGCUGUUGAUCCACGACUAUAUUCAAAACGCUUCCGUGAUUUUAUAUUCAAAAUAUUCACAGAAGAUACUUGAAGAGUCGGCUUAAAGCAGCUUGCAAACUUUGCAUAUGUAUUGAUUCGGUGCCUCAUUUUACCAGCCGGGGCAUGCCAAGUGCUUGUGCUUGAGGGUCAAUGUAUAGUCAGUCUUAUUGGCAAUGCGCUCACCGCCCAAAAGGUUGCCAUUGUGGCCAUUGACAUGGCCCUUGGAGGAUCAGUUGUGGCUGCCAGAGUUGCAUGCUGGAUAAUUUGUCAUUGCUUCUGUCCAUCACUCCCUCUAUAUUAUUCUGGUAUGUAGUAUGUUUUGGUAAAGGUAUAGACUAACUUCAUAACCUGGAAAUGUGCAAGUCAAUUCAAAUUGUAAAUGAAUAUCCCUGAGGGUAAACUUGUACCGGGAGGAAUUCUUUUUGUACCAAAUUUUUUGUUUUGGUCUCAGAAGAUGUAGAGGAGUCUCUGGGAUUUUGCACUCAAUAAAAAUGUACAGAGGAGAAUUGGAAUUGAA